UAUUAGUACGACGUUAUGGGCGCAAAAUGACCUUAGCAGUCGGCGCGCCCUAAAGCCCCAAUCAACAAACAAACAAACCUCUAGGGAAAACGGUAAAGGGAAAGCUUUUCGCUCACAAUGCACACCUAUCCACAAGUACCAAAAUCCCUAUAAUCACGGUGGUCUGACCGCCCUUAUCACUGCCAGCUACAAGGGCUACAACUACCCGAUCAUGAACCUGCACGAGCGGACGCUCUCUGUUCUGGCGUGCCGCUACGUGGGGGAGGUGGUGAUCGGCGCCCCGUACGCGGUCACCGCUGAGCUGAUGGACCAUUUCCGGGUGGAUGUGGUGUGUCACGGUCACACGCCGGUGGCGGAGGAUGUCGACGGAUCAGAUCCCUACCUGGAACCGAAGAGACGCGGCAAGUUCAAAUCGCUGGUGUCUGGAAAUGACAUGACCACGCAGAAGAUAGUGGAGAGAAUUAUCGAGCACAGGAUGGAGUUUAUGCUGCGAAACCAGAAGAAGGAAAAGAAGGAGCUGGCUGCCUACGAGGCGUUCGAGAAGUCUAAACAGACGGAGCGCGCGGACCACGCGGGUGACCAGUGAUGGAGACUGUGGGGUGGGAUGGAGCGGAGGGGGACGACGGACCGGCGGGUCCUCUGAGAGGGUUUGGGGGGGGGAAGAGGGAGAGAGGGAGUCGAUUGAGUGUUGAUGUGUAUUCGAUUGAGAAUAUCUAUUACAUUUAUUUUAACCGGGUAUUUAAAACGAUCACCACCGUAAUUCAGUCGUAGUUCUGGUUUGAUGCCUCGGACGACAAAAUAAUUUGAUAUUAUAGUAUGCGGGAUAGUACGAUAGCCAGUUCGGUGCCAGUAUUUUAACUGUUGGCUCUGUUUUAAUCGGUGCUGUUUAGCCCCCAAAGCGGGUUUUGUGAGACCAAGCGAAAGGAAAUGCACCCAGCAUUCACGGAUAAUGCACCCAUGCUAUUCUAGACCGAAAGCAGUUAUUCCAGCUAUCACUGAAGAGCCUGUGCUUUAAUUACAGCGUGUAUGUAUUUUGAAUGGGUAGAUGGCUUGCUAGUCGGUGUCUCAAUUCAGGAAACCAGAGCUUUUUACAGUUUCGUAUGUGUCGAAUGUGUAAGCCAUUUAGUUACCCGCAUCGUACGGAACCUGUUGAGAUUCUCUGAUACUUCGCUAUGUUGGCGGCGCGCAACCUUCAUCGAUAGUGGAUAAUUUAUCCCCGGGCGAUAUUUGUGGCCUGCAGCAGCCAGUGCAGUGUCUAUCCAUUGCUCAUUCGAGAGAGAACGCUGAUCGGUGAAAUGUGCGGUUCUGGUGUAUGGUUCAAUGAAAUAUAUCAGCAGUGAGCA